AUGUGCCACCGUUGCGGGUACCCUAAGUAUGGUGGCCCUGAUCCAGCAACCUACAUGUGCGAUGCAACAAAGGUAUUGGCUGGGGAUUGGUAUUGUACAGCCAUGAACUGUAACGCUCACAACUAUGCUAGCCGGUCAAGCUGCCACAGUUGUGGUGCACUAAAAAAUGAUCAAGCGGCUGGUGGGUAUGUCAGUGACGGAAGUGAUCCUCCGGGAUGGAAAACUGAAUGGGAUGUGGAGUCCAUAAUUAUGCUAGCAGGAUGGAAUGCUUUAAAUGCAGAACACCGAGGGAAUACGGAGAUGAUAAUGUUGGAUUCGCGCAACAUAUUGUUGGCAUAA